AUGCCUCCAAACGAAAGAUAUUUUCAUAAACAGAUUCUCUCAUGUUGUGAACCUCAGAUGCAUGACCUAAAGCUUUGGGAAGCAUACAAGAAGCGAUUCAAUACCGCGCAAGUCCCCUUCCGGGGGGAAAGCGAAUUUUUCAAAACAGCAUUAGACGUGGCUCAACGCGGUAAUGGCCAAAAAGAAGCCUUUGAGCGAAUUUUCGAGGAAACGAAUGAGAAAAAAAUAGAAGAAAAUAGGAAGCGAAUUGAUAGAGUCAAGACCCAAAUUAAAAACAAUGGAGAUAUCUUUGGAUGCAAAGAUGCCCGGGAUACAGCAUUGCAACCCUCAGCGAAUGAAUCGCAAACUCCGAUUAACAAAGAUAGACGAGACCAAAAUAAGAGAUACGAUCCUCUCGAUUUUCAUGGGAAUAUUCAGGGUGAUCCGAAAGAUGAGGCGACUCUUAUAGAACAGCAAAUUUGGGCAGACUUAGCGAAUGCUAGAAAUAAGAAGCUAAAAAGAGUUCGAUUUGAAGACGAUUUUGACACUUCUGCAUCUACCCAACAAGCGACAGAUGGAAGCGAGAUUGACAACAAAUAUGCACAGGAUAUUGACCGUGUCUAUAAGCGUCCAAAACAUAAUGGAACACCUAAACUAACGUCUGACACCCCUUCUUUCCAGCCAACUACAGAUAAAAGGGCAUCUAGGAAAAGGUCAAGAUGCGAGAAUGAUGACGAUAAUUCUGAGCAUGAACAUAAACGUCGGAAACUAGAGACCCUUACUGCUCAUAAAUCUGCACCUCAUAUUUCUAUACAACAAAUGGCAGACGGAGAGGCCAUCAUACAGGCGUCCAGACUUGAGGUCAACAAAAGAAGGUCUCAAAGGAGGAAUGGACAGUUUGAAUUGUUCGAGUUGGAUCACUCAGGCAAAAAGCGCUCUAUCACUUGA